CGUAUCGCAGUGUGCACUUCUCCAUCUUUUACCUCCAAACCCCGCCGCCUCUCUCUUAGCGAAGAUACUUGUACGCAACUAACUCUCCAUGGCUGGAACCGGCGUGGUGGCGGUGUACGGAAAUGGGUCAAUGACAGAGUCCAAGAAAUCUCCCUUCACCGUGAAAGUUGGCCUGGCUCAAAUGCUCCGUGGCGGCGUUAUAAUGGACGUCGUUAACGCAGAGCAGGCCCGUAUCGCGGAGGAGGCCGGUGCUUGCGCCGUCAUGGCGCUUGAGCGUGUCCCUGCUGACAUCCGGGCUCAAGGCGGUGUGGCCCGCAUGAGUGACCCACAGCUUAUCAAGGAAAUCAAACAGGCCGUCACAAUCCCUGUCAUGGCCAAGGCCCGUAUCGGCCACUUUGUCGAGGCCCAAAUCCUUGAAGCUAUAGGUGUCGACUACGUCGACGAGAGCGAAGUCCUCACUCUCGCCGAUGAAGAUAACCACAUCAACAAGCAUAACUUCCGAAUCCCUUUCGUUUGCGGUUGCCGCAAUUUGGGUGAGGCGUUGCGGAGGAUUCGCGAGGGAGCUGCAAUGAUCAGAACCAAAGGAGAGGCCGGAACUGGUAACAUAAUCGAAGCGGUUAGGCAUGUGAGGUCCGUGAUGGGAGAUAUUCGGGUUUUGAGGAACAUGGAUGACGACGAGGUGUUUACUUUCUCGAAGAAGAUUGCGGCUCCAUAUGAUCUGGUGAUGCAGACGAAGCAGUUGGGGAGGCUCCCGGUGGUGCAGUUCGCAGCAGGAGGAGUAGCGACGCCAGCUGACGCAGCGCUCAUGAUGCAGAUGGGCUGUGACGGGGUUUUUGUGGGCUCUGGGGUGUUUAAGAGUGGUGACCCGGCAAAAAGGGCUCGGGCAAUAGUACAGGCAGUCACUCAUUAUAGUGACCCUGAGGUGUUGGCCGAAGUCAGUUGUGGGCUUGGGGAGGCCAUGGUUGGUCUCAAUUUGAAGGAUGAGAAAGUGGAGAGGUUUGCUAACCGGUCAGAGUAGUCGAAAAUGUUCUCGCUUGUAGGUGAGGUGGUGCAGGACAUCACUUCAGCUGUUGCGUUGUGCAUCAUUUUCAAAUGUUUGGGCGGACUUUAAGAUGUAAAACCGGAUUGCCCUGUUCUGCGGGGAAGGGGCUGUCAAUUAUACUUUUGGUGUUAGACCCUUUUCUAAAUAAGUUGUUGCCUCCUGUUGGCUUCUUGACUUCAUCUUUUAUCUUUUUGGGUGAUAAUCAUCAUUGCAUUUGCAUGGUUGUUUAGUUGUCCCAGUUGUAAUUUGAUCUUGUGACGAAUUCUAGCAACAGUUACAUCAGAUUGCGGAUGUAAUAGGAAAACCGUAUGGCGUUUAGGCCCAUGGGAUUACAUGGUUUUGGCUUUUCUGAUGCCAAUUGUUGUGUUGGUGAAAAAUUCAGUGAAAUGUGAACUUCUCUCUCUUUA